CAAUUCAAUUAUGACAUGAUUUAUGAAUACCUGAUGUCUUAUUUAAAUGAGAACUGACAUGUAACCAACAACCACCUGUUGAUAUUGUAUAGUCUUUUACAAUGAUUAAUUCUAGAGAAGAUAUUUACAUUCUAUUUUUCGAAAAAAAUGACAUUAUUAACAAAAUCUCAAAACAUAAUUCUGGUUCCUUACUUGACAUUUGUCCACUUCCCUGCACAACACGAUCAGAGCUUCUUAACUAUAAAGGCCUCACCAGUUUUCACAUCUGAGGAGACUUGAAUCUAUCUUCCUUCUCAUUCCAACAAACAUGAAUCCAUUACCUCUUAUCUUCAUCACUCUUGUCAUAGCAGCAACAAUCUCAGUACCAGUGAGUCACUGCAGAAUUAUGCAGCUAAAAGGCACCAAUCUGAUUGAAGAAACUUGCAAGCAAACACCCCAUCAUGAUCUUUGCAUUCACUACCUCAAAUCUGACCCUCAAAGCUCUAAAAAAGAUGUCACAGGGCUAGCACUGAUCAUGAUCAACACAAUGAAAACCCAAGCAAACAAUGCCUUAGACAAGAUCCAUCACCUUCUUCUUCAGGGGAGUUCUGAGCCUGCUCUGAAGCAAGCACUGAAUGAAUGUGCUGGCAGAUAUAGAGCAAUUGUGGAAGCUGAUGUGGCACAAGCUAAUGCAGGUUUGCAGAAAGGGGACCCCAAGUUUGCUGAAAAUGGUGCCAAUGAUGCAGCCAUUGAAGCUACCUCUUGUGAGAAAAGUUUUGAAGGGAAAAAAUCACCACUCACUAAUGAUAACAAUGCUAUGCAUGAUGUAGCAGAUAUAACAGCAGCUAUUGUCAGAUUAUUGCUCUAAUUACUCAAACAGAUGAUGUCAUGAUGCAAUUUAAAAUAUGUAUUUAUAGUAUAUUGUAUCAUAUAAUAUAAUGCGUUGAUUGUAUGAUAAAAGUGCUAUUGUCAUAGCAUUGGCCCCUUCACAUUUU